AUGUAAUAAGAGUUCAAAUUGCCAUAAAAGAUUAUUCAACUUUAUGCAAAAUAUUAGAAUAAAUCAUAGAAAGUGAAAAAAUUCCAACUUCAAGAACAUACAUUUAUGUUAGAAGACAAUUAUUCACCAGUCGAAAUCAGUAAUAAUUAAUUUAUAGUUCAAAGUCGGAAGCGGUGCAUAUGGAUGUGUUAUAUAAGCUGAUGAUAAAAAUGCAAAGGUCGAGAAGGAUAGAUAAGUUGCUAUUAAGAAAAUUGAAAGAGCGUUUGAACAUAGAUUGUAUGCGAAAAGAACUCUAAGAGAAUUAAAGAUCCUAAGGUUGAUGAAACACGAGAAUGUAUUACCAUGAAAGUGAUAUAGAUCGUUGAAUUAAAAACCUUGCUUCUUCCUAAAUCUAGAGAAGAAUUUGAAGAUGUUUAUAUGGUUACUGAAUUAUUGGAGACAGACCUUGCCCAAGUAAUAAAAAGCGAUUAGGUAUUGACCGAUGAACAUAUCCAAUUAUUCUUAUAUUAAAUCCUAAGAGGACUCAAAUAUUUACAUACUGCAGGAAUAUUGCAUAGAGACUUAGUAAUUAUGUGUAAAAUCAAAUUAGAAACCUAGAAAUUUAUUGUUAAAUAGGAAUUGCGAUUUAAAGAUCUGCGAUUUUGGAUUGGGCAGAGCAAUGGCUGAUCCAUCUUCAUCAAACAAUGCAAACAUUAUGACUUAUUACGUCGAGACUAGAUGGUAUAGAGCACCAGAAUUGUUAGUGAGUUUCAAGAAUUAUACUCCUGCAGUUGAUAUAUGGUCUGUCGGAUGCAUCUUGGCAGAAUUGCUAUUGAGAAAACCUUUUUUAAGAGGAGAUUCCAGUAUUGUUAUUUUAAAUAAAUAAAGCUAAGAGAUAAGUAAAGUUAAUAUUUGAAUUGUUGGGAACUCCAAAUGAGGCUUACAUUUAAUCUUUUUAAGAUGAAAAAGUUUAAAACAAUCUGAGAAAAGUCAUUAAAGAAACAGGACCGAAACAAGGUAUUCCUUUGGAAUAAUUAUUUAAAAAUGCUUCUAAAAAUGGUAAUAAUGUACAAUCAUUUCUGAAGCUUUGGAUUUAUUAAGAAAGCUGUUGACAUUUGAUUACAGAUAAAGAAUCACAGUUCAGCAAGCCUUAGAACAUCCUUAUUUAGCUCAAUUGCACUUUGAAGCCGAUGAACCUAGUGCUUAACUUGUUAAUUAAUUAGAAUUCGAGUUUGAAAAGUAUGAAAUGACUAGGGAAUAAAUUAAAGGUGCAUUUUAUAGUUUUAAAUUAGAUCUUCUUUAUGAGGAAAUAUUAUUAUAUCAUUUUCCUGAAUUCUAAACAUCUUAUGAGGCUAAAAAGAAAUCUGGAUAGAGUUUGAUAUCACAUGUAGUAAAUAAUGAGAACGCUAAAAUUGUAAAUAACUUAUUUAAUAAAAGUUUGAUCCCACAGCUGAUGAUGAUUUAGAUAGGGAUUGA